CGUACAUCCUCGGAUGUUCUUCUGCUGGAAUAACAGCACGAUCCAAGAAGCGCAACAAUUCUAACUUCUAAUAAGAAGAGGAUGACGCUCUCCGACAGCGCGAUGGUGUGAUUAAAUCUUAUCGCUUCAGAUCCCGAGAAACCGCCGGGCUCUACUGGCGGAAUACUUUAUUAAAGGCUCGCGUCGGCCAUUGAACUCUCCCAGUAUCGUAUCUGGAUUGUCCCUGCAACUCUAAACAUCAAUUGACAAGGCAAUGCCGGCUAUCAAGUCUGUCGCCAUCAUCGGCGCGGGGCCCGCGGGCGCCAUUGCCGUCGAUGCCUUCGCGCAGGAGAAAUCUUUCGACGUCAUUCGCGUUUUUGAGCGCCGUGAAAAAGCGGGAGGAUGCUGGUAUGCAGCGGAUUCGAUUUGACACCUAGUCCAAUACCUCGAGUCACGUCGCUAAGCAGGAUGCUAGGGUGUACGACGAGGAAGCCCCCCCGCGACUGUCUGAUUUCGACGACUUGUCCUCUCGCAAAGCCGGAGGACCAAUUGAGAUCCCGGAGAACCUCCCUCGGUAUGUGCCGCGGUCAUCCAAGCAGCGGUUCACGGAUACCGCAACGUACGCAGCCAUGGAGACGAACGUCGAUGCCUCCGUCAUGGAGUAUUCCCAGGAACGCAUUCCAGACAUUAGAUCGGAGUGGUCGGUCAAUCUGCAUGGCCCCGAUACCCCGUUUCGGCACAAUACGGUUAUCAGGCAGUACAUAGAGGACUUGCUCAAUCGCAAUGGCUACCAGGAUUUAGUCGAGUAUAGCACCACAGUCGAGAAGGCUGUCAAGGAUCCUAAGUCGGGGAAAUGGGUGCUCACACUCCGUCGGGCUGGGAAGACGGGCACGUAUGAUUACUGGUGGACGGAGCAGUUUGACGGGCUUGUCGUUGCCUCGGGGCAUUACAGCGUCCCGUAUGUCCCUGAUAUUAAGGGUCUGAAGGAAUUCGCAGAAGCAUACCCGGGUAGUGUUGAGCAUACCAAGGGGUUCAGGAAUCCUGAAAAGUAUCGAGGAAAGAAAGUUAUCACUGUCGGCGCGUCAGUCUCCGCCGCCGACACAACAGUCUCCCUGCUCGACAUCGCCCAAACACCCAUCCAUUCCGUGGUCCGGGGCAAAUACAACCCUUACUUCGGGGAUGAAGCGUUCAAGAACCCGAAAAUCCAACGACACCCCCCUAUCUCGCACAUCUCCAGUGAAAACGGCGACAGAACAGUCUUCUUCGAGGACGGCACAUCCGUCUCCAACGUCGACAACAUCAUCUUCGGCACGGGGUUCACAUGGAGCCUCCCUUUCCUCCCCGAUAUCCCUACAAGAAACAACCGCGUUCCAGAUAUCUACCUUCACAUCUUCCACCAGCGGGAUCCGACCCUCUCAUUCGUUGGAGCUGUCGGCGCCGGCCUAACCUUCAAAGUCUUCGAGUGGCAAGCCGUUCUCGCCGCCCGCGUGUUUGCUGGAAAAGCACACCUCCCCCCGGUCUCUGAGCAGCGGAAAUGGGAACAGGACCGCAUCGCUGCCAAGGGGGAUACGCCCGCCUUCUCGGUUAUCAACCCGGAUUUCGAAGAGUACUUCGAGACGGUGCGGCUGAUCGCUGGGAAUCCGCGUGAGGGAGAAACGGGGCGGGUACUGCCGCCGUUUGAUAGGCGCUGGGUCGAGGCUUUUAAUGAAGGGCAUCAGAGACGGAUUCGGAUGUGGAAGAAGAAAAAUGAGGAUGCGAGGAGGGAGCUUGAGAAGGGGGAGAGAGAGGCGAAGCUGUAGUGAUGAAUAGAGCGAUGUAUAUAACUCUUUCAUCGUACAAUUGGGCAACUCCUGCGCUUGGCCCUAUGUAUGCUCUGUUAGCAGAAUGCUAAUACCAGAAGCCACGAUGACUCUGAAACAGCCAGGUCUAGAUAAUCCCAAUUUCCGAGAAGAACAAGAUCAACUUCCAUCACGCAAUCAAACCCGCUUCUGUAACCAUUCUGCUGGUACAGUUUCGCUUCGCGGAGACUGCUAAAAGCCUUCAGAGCAGCUUACAAGGGACCGAAUAACACUCUAUAUGGUUUAAGC